GCGAUCCCCACCCUCAGCACACACCGGCGGCGGGGCUGUGCAAGCAGCGUCGCCCGAAAGCUGAAAAGCUGGCCAGCACAAUGGGAAAAAAACAGAACAAGAAGAAAGUGGAAGAGGUCCUAGAGGAAGAGGAGGAGGAAUAUGUGGUGGAGAAGGUCCUGGAUCGGCGGGUGGUGAAGGGGAAGGUGGAAUAUCUGCUCAAGUGGAAAGGAUUCUCGGAUGAGGACAACACCUGGGAGCCCGAGGAGAACCUGGACUGCCCAGACCUCAUUGCAGAAUUCCUGCAGUCCCAGAAAACCGCCCACGAGAGCGAGAAAUCCGAGGGCAGCAAACGCAAAGCGGAGUCGGACUCGGAGGACAAGGGGGAGGAGAGCAAACCAAAGAAGAAGAAGGAGGAGUCGGAGAAACCGCGCGGCUUCGCCCGAGGCUUCGAGCCGGAGCGGAUCAUCGGCGCCACGGACUCCAGCGGGGAGCUGAUGUUCCUGAUGAAGUGGAAGAACUCGGACGAGGCCGACCUGGUGCCCGCCAAGGAGGCCAACAUCAAGUGCCCGCAGGUGGUGAUCUCCUUCUACGAGGAGAGGCUGACAUGGCACUCCUACCCCUCCGAGGACGACGACAAGAAGGAGGACAAGAACUAAGGCCUCGCUGCCCGCUCUGGGCGGCCUUUGGUGGAAAGAUUCCGGACUGGGGGUGUGAGCAGGAGGGGAUUGGAGGCGGCUCUGCUCGGGUGGGACGUGGAGAUGGCUGGAGAAGGUGCCCUUUGAAGAGACCAGUAUGGUUUCUGUGCCCUGCAGCUGCUCAACUGCUUCGUGCAGCUUCCCUGCUGUGUCCAGAUUCCAACCAGCCCGGCUCAAUUUGGAGGGGGAGGGAAAAACACAGGGGGAU